AUGGCGAGCGCAGCCCGGGCCCCGAGGCCGUGGCCCCCGCUCGGGCUCCUGCUCCCGGCCGCGGCGCUGCUCGGGACGCUCGGGCCACAGGAGAGAGGGGUGGCUCCGCCUGGAAAUUGCCGAGAAUCUGACACUUUCCCAGCGCAGGUCCAGACUUUCAGGCCCGAGAGCCUCCUGCUGGUGUCCACCCUGGAUGGAAGUCUCCAUGCUGUGAGCAAGCAGACCGGGGACUUGAAGUGGACACUGAAGGAUGAUCCCACCAUCCAAGGACCAAUGUACGUCACCGAAACAGCCUUUCUCUCAGACCCAGCUGAUGGCAGCCUGUACAUCUUGGGGGCCCAGAAGCAACAGGGCUUAAUGAAACUGCCAUUUACCAUCCCAGAGCUGGUUCACACCUCUCCCUGCCGCAGCUCCGAUGGGGUAUUCUACACAGGCCGGAAGCAGGAUACCUGGUUUGUAGUAGAUCCCGAGUCAGGGGAGACUCAGAUGACACUGACCACAGAGGGGCUGUCUGCCCCCCGCCUCUACAUCGGCCGAACACAGUACACGGUCACCAUGCAAGACCCAAAAACCCCAGCCCAGCGCCGGAACACCACAUACCGCCGCUUCUCAGCACUCCCCUCAGACGGCUCACCUGGGAAAUAUGUGAGCUACUUGGCAUCCUGCGGGAUGGGCCUGCUGCUGAGCGUGGACCCGGGAAGCGGGGCGGUUCUGUGGACACAGGACCUGGGCAUGCCUGUGACAGGUGUCUACACCUGGCACCAGGACAGCCUGCGCCAGCUGCCUCAUCUCACGCUGGCUCGGGACACCUUGCAUUUCCUCGCUCUCCGCUGGGGCCACAUCCGCCUGCCUGCCUUAGGCUCCCAGGACACAGCCACUUACUGCUCUGCUUCAGACACCCAGCUCCUGAUGACACUGUAUGUGGGAAAAGAUGAGGCUGGCUUCUAUGUCUCUAAGGCCUUGGUCCACACGGGGGUGGCCCUCGUGCCUCGUGGACUGACCCUGCCCCCCAUGGAUGGCCCCACCACUGAUGAGGUGACACUGCAAGUCUCCGGGGAGCGAGAGGGCUCACCCAGCACUGCGGUCAGAUACCCCUCAGGCAGCGUGGCCCUCCCCAGCCAGUGGCUGCUCAUUGGACACCACGAGCCACCCCCAGUGCUGCACACCACCAUGCUGAGGGUCCAUCCCUCCCCAGGGAGCGAGACUGCCAAGACAAGGCCUUCAGAGGGCAUCCAUGCUUUGGCUCCUUUCUUGGGGGUCCUGAGCCUGAGCCAGGAGGGACCUUGGGACCCAGAGCUGCAUCCUGAAGAGAAAAUUCCAGUCUCUUCUCCAAGGCUGGGAUACCAAGACCUGCUGGCAGCUGUCCUCACUGCGCUCCUCCUGGGAGGCUGGAUUCUCUUCCUCAUGAGGCAGCAGCUGGUGGAGAAGGAGCAGCAGAUUUCCCAGGCACCUGCAGGCCCUCCUGACGCCUCACAGGACACUCAGGCCCAGGCCUCUGAGGCCACCUCACAGGGCCAGAAGAGGCUUCAGAGCCCCUCAGAACAAGCCUUGCCAUCCUCUGACCCUGAAGGAGAGGAGAUGAAGAUGGAAAGACUUACUGAUGCCUCCCCUUCCAGCCAGGCUCCCAAAGCUAAGAGGCAGCUCCAAGAGUCACAUGCAGCCGAGCGGCUCACCGUAGUGGGGAAGAUUUCCUUCAACCCCAAGGAUGUGCUGGGACGCGGGGCAGGUGGCACUUUCGUUUUCCGGGGACAGUUUGAGGGGCGGGCAGUGGCUGUCAAGCGGCUCCUCAGGGAGUGCUUUGGCCUGGUUCGGCGGGAGGUGCAGCUACUGCAGGAGUCUGACCGGCACCCCAACGUACUCCGCUACUUCUGCACCGAGCGGGGCCCCCAAUUCCACUACAUCGCCCUGGAGCUCUGCCAGGCCUCCUUGCAGGAGUAUGUGGAGAACCUUGACCCGGACCGCUGGGGUUUGGAUCCCAAGAUGGUGCUGCAGCAGCUGACAUCCGGCCUGGCCCACCUGCACUCCUUACACAUAGUGCACCGCGACCUGAAGCCAGGCAACAUUCUCAUCGCUGGGCCAGACAGCCAGGGCCGUGGCAGGGUGGUCCUCUCAGACUUUGGCCUCUGCAAGAAGCUGCCUGCCGGCCGCUGCAGCUUCAGCCUCCACUCGGGCAUCCCGGGCACCGAAGGCUGGAUGGCGCCUGAGCUCCUGCAACUCCAUCCCCUAGACAGCCCUACCAGUGCUGUGGACAUUUUCUCUGCGGGCUGUGUGUUCUAUUAUGUGCUGUCGAGCGGCGGCCACCCCUUCGGGGAGAGUCUCUAUCGCCAGGCCAACAUCCUCGAAGGCACUCCCUGUCUGGCCCAUCUGGAGGAAGAGGCCCAUGACAAGGUGGUGGCCCGGGACCUGGUGGAAGCCAUGCUGAGCCCGCUGCCACAGGCCCGCCCCUCCGCCUGCCAGGUGUUGGCCCACCCCCUCUUCUGGAGCAGGGCCAAGCAGCUCCAGUUCUUCCAGGAUGUCAGCGACUGGCUGGAGAAGGAGUCUGAGCAGGGUCCCCUGGUGAUGGCUCUGGAGGCGGAAGGCCGCAAGGUGGUCCGGGACAACUGGCACCAGCACAUCUCCAUGCCACUGCAGACAGAUCUGAGAAGGUUCCGGUCAUACAGGGGGACUUCGGUGAGGGACCUGCUCCGUGCCAUGCGGAAUAAGAAGCACCACUACAGAGAGCUUCCAGCCGAGCUGCGGCAGGCGCUAGGCCAUGUUCCGGACAGCUUCGUCCAGUACUUCACGUGUCGCUUCCCGCGGCUGCUCCUCCACACUCAUCGCACCAUGAGGAGCUGCGCCUCCGAGAGCCUCUUCCUGCCCUACUACCCGCCAGCCUGUGAGCCCAGGGGGCUCUGGCGGGGAGCUGAGGCCACCAGAGGCCUCCACUCCAGCCAGCCCAGAAGCUGGGCCUAUGGCUGAGGCUGGCCUGGCGUAAGGAAGACCGGCAGAGG